AUGCUCUUGCAGGAUCCCCAUGCCUCGCGUCGCAGCAGGAUGAUUUCCUACCACAAUCUGGCUUGGUCCCUCGUCGAUGCCGACCCGACGCAGUGCGAUGCAUCGUGGGCAAACCCUAUUCAGAGAGCCAUCUGGCUCAAGGCAUUGCGCGCGGAUGGAAAUUUCUAUGAAGCCACGGAUCUCACUCCCGACCUCGCAAAAUGGAAGUACUUUUGCAAUUUGGUUGCGAUCCUGCAAGCAUUGUUGGACAAAGACCAGGAUACAGACGGCGUGCAUCCAGAUGACUUCGAGCGCGUCGCUCGUGUACACGAGAAAGCGCUGUCGCUGGGUCGCCCUACGUCAUUCAAUAUGAUUUAUGAAAUGCAGCAGUAUGCAUCAUCUCUGGCGUUCAAUCAAACGCAGGAGGCCAAAGUGUUCGUCGAUCCAGACUUCAAAUGGAUCACCAUCGGGGUGGAAACGAUGCACCUGGACAAGCUGCGAGAGGGCAUCCAGCAUCUAGCACAGGACAUGAAGUCACGCUACAGGGCCCUUACGCAAAGCAACAACGUGAUGACCAAGAUGCCAGAUCAGGUGAAGGAUGAUCUCACAAACACCACGAGGGGCUACUCUUUUAUAUCGGAGAACCCGUUUUUCGAGAAGCGCCAUUCUCUCCUUCUCUUCUUGGUGGAGCAGUAUAACCUUGCUAUGGUGGACAACGCGGGUCGCAUCGCAUGGAACAUACCUGCAGUCAAGGAACUGCUGAGACGCACCCUGCGCAUCUGGGAGCCGGCAUACCAUUUGCUCUACAUCACGACCCACAUUUCUUCGCGCGGAACUCAAUUUAUUGAUCAUCAAAUCUCCAAUGCUGACCGACACAGGAAUCUAUUUAUGCAAGGAGCCGAGAUGUUCCUUCUGACCGGAUACAGUAAGAAAACGAGCAUCACCGAUCGAGACUCGUGCACCCCAGGGUUUGUGCCCAAAGAUAUCGCCUUCUGGAUUCUUGAAUUCUUGGGAGGGGGGCUACGGACCGCUGAGGCCAUCCUGGCAGGGAUUGUGUAUGGCAAGGAUGCAGAGCAUCUCUACAGAACCUACCUCUGUGUCGGGGAUGGGAAGAGAAUCAGCCCGGCAAGGUUCUCUGCGAACGUUCAGCACAUGAACUAUGAAUACUUCGAAUGUCGAUGGGGAUUGAGAGAUUUCCGCCAAGGCACGAUCACAAUGGGUCGUGAAUUCAUCUCUCCCAACGAGUCGUAUGCAGAAGCUGACAGCAUUCUGGCCGAGUCCGCGGAUCAUUCCACUAAUACGGACCACGCACACUACGGCAUCGUCCAUGGAUCAGUACCGAGAUUGUCGAACAACACGAUAAUCCAGCAAAGAUGGGUGUCGAACGAAUGGCACAUCUUCCUCGGUCUCGGUUCCUCGCCGCCUCAACAACCGGUUCGAUUGCGUCGUGCGGAAAUCGCGAGAGCGACGCGAGGGGUCGACUUCGAGUCCAUCUCUGACCAAGUCGUAAAGACCAUGACUGGCGUUCUCACCUCAUUUUUCAACGACGACAUAAAGACCCUCAUCCAACACGCCGUCUCUGCGAGCUUGCAAGAACACCAGAAAAGUAACGAUCCCACCGGACUCAGUUUGUCUAGCGGCUGGGCGCCGCCUGCCAUGGAUCUGGAAUUUAAUACCUCGGAUUUGUUCUUCCAGGACGGGACAGGGAAUGCUACCGCAGCAAAGUCGCCGCGCAGUGAAUUGGGACGUUUGCUUUCAGACUCUCCCCUUCCACCCUCUUCUGCUGCCGCCGUCUCCCAUUUAAUAUCACCGGACUUAUUAUUGCCGGACCCCGGCCCCUCCCCCGACAUUGUGCCCACCAGCGAUCAGGAAGAAAUGUUCACGGUCAGGAAAUCGAAGGGGACAGCUGGAGCCUAUGAUGUCGGCCAGCCUCCACCAGCCACCCCUGCCCCUAUGGCUAACGCCUCAUUACCUAGCGAUCUGGGAGAAUUACCCGCGGUGAGGGCAUGGAAGGGGAAGGCUAGAGCUAUUGAUGCGGACCAGUCCUCGCCAACCACCGCCACCGCCAAGUGGAAGGCUACAGCCCAUGCCUUCGACCAGCCUCCGUCAUUCACCACCGUCAUGAAUUCUUCGAAAGGGAGGUCCAGGGCGCAGGCUAUUGAACACCCGCCGCCGUUUACACUCGCUGGCAAGCAUGGGCCGUCUAGGACCGUCGUCAAUGCUUCCAAGGCGAAAGCCAGAGACGAAAGUAUUAAACAGCCCCAUUCCACCGCAUCAGCCCUGUCGAGUUCACCCGCUGUGGCGACAGCAGUGCAUGCUUUUGACCGGCCGCCUUCAUUCGCCUCCAUCAUAGAUCCUUCAACAGGGAAGGCUAAGGUGCAGGCUGUUGAAUCGCUAUUCACACCCACUGGCAAGCCUGGACCGUCGAGGACCAUCGCCUAUGCUUCCAAGGGAAAAGCCAGAGACGUCAGCAUCACCCAGGCCCAUUCCUCUGUAUUGUCCCUAUCGAGUUCACCUGCAGUAGCGCCGAUGGCAUACCGCAAACAUCAUCGCCCUCAGCAUAUCAGCGAGCCGGAUGAUGAUGAUGAGGAAGCGCCUAGGAAGCUCAAGCGUCUUCGUCGCCCCAGCACCGCAGCUCCAGACGUUCAGAUGGAGACCAUCAGCCUAACCAGCGAUGACGACCUCUCCAGCUUCAUCGUCCCUGAUAGCGGUCUGUCUUCGUCACCACCGCCCGUCGUUCAGGAGAUGAGAAACAGCAUCCGAGGAGCGAUCAGACAGAUCAUGAAGGAUCCUACCGCUGCAGAAAAGAGUCGCGACCAGAUGGAUGCGCUCGUUGCCAUCAUGACUGAAACUCACGACCUCGUCAUCACCAUGAAGACUGGAGGAGGCAAGAGCAUGUUAUGGAUGGUUCCGCCGGUGCUAGACGAGGCUGAAAAAUGCAUCGUGGUCUGUCCGUUCGUCGCAUUGCUCCAAGAACAGUAUAUGAAGACCGCCGCCACUGGACUACGUUGCCACGACUAUACUGCGCGCAAAGAUGUGCCUGAAAACGUCCAGGUGCUCUUCGUGCAGGUGGAAAAUUGUUCGUCUCAAGCCUUUGCUAGUCUCCUGGUGUCCCCCCUCGGGAAGAAGUUUACCAGAUUCUAUGUAGAUGAGUUCCACGACGUGCUCAACUGCCAUCCAGAUCGCGCGUCAAAAUGGCUCACUCUUGCUCGCCAAUUCAGUGCGGCGUCGGUGCAAAUGAUUCUCAUGUCGGGGACCAUACCUCCUCACCGGGUGGGGAGCUAUGUCAAGCCAUUCGGGAUCCUGCUGCAUGACAUCAACGAAGUCAGGUUUGCGACAAACCGUCCGGAGAUCGGCAUGCACGUCGCACGCGUGGAACCCAUUGCGGCAAGGGAAUCCCUGCAUCACCUCGUUCAUACUCUAUCUCUACUUCUGGGAGACGAAGACCGCAUGCUGGUGUUCUUUAGCUCCACAGCUGAGACAGAAGAAUUUGGAAGAAAGGCUAGGUGCGCUAUGUAUCACAGCGAGCUCUGGCAGCCUGGCAACACGAAGGCGUACAACCUCGACCUGUGGGACCGAGGCGAAUCGAAGGUGAUGGCGUGCACCACAGCUUUCGCUCAGGGUAUGGACAGAUCCAACGUCCGAUAUGUGGUGAUAUUCAGGCCUGCGUAUGGACUUAUCGUCAACAACCAGAUGAUGGGUCGCGCAGGUCGCGACGGCAGAGAAUCUCAUGUGUUCUAUGUCACUGACAAGCAUGGAAAGUCGCUACCUAGCAAGGCGAAGCAUGCAUCAGACCAUUGCCUGGCAGAAUUGGACGACGUAAUGUUUGGCACGGAAUGUAGGCGAUACACCAACGGUCUCUGCAUGGAUGGUGAGCAGCUCGCAUUGCGGUGCACUGAUCCUCCUCGUGGAGUCCCUUGCGACAUAUGUGCCCCCAACAGCGCCAUGCAGCUGUUGAUCCGGAAAGCGUUGGACAACCCUUUCAGGGAAUUGGAUGCCCCUGUGCAAACAAGCUCGGCAGCCGUUGGGUCAGGCUCUGCUUCGCAGGACGGACCUAGUGCUGCGCAGCCGAUGCCUCCCGCGUUUGUGCAGGUCGGUUCUUCGCUUCAAAUGCCCACGGAUGUCAGCCCGUCGACCCAGAACAGCGAUUCCCUGUAUGACUUAUAG